AGAAAUUGUAAAAUUUAAAUAGAUUUAGUGACUGGAUUAAUAAAGAGAUCUGUAAAUAGGAAAUUAUGCUGUAUAAGGAACCGUACAAAGUUGAAGGAUAUAAAGUUUCAUUCACGUUUAAUUAAAUAAGAGACGUGGCAAAAAUUUCUGAUUUUAUUGUUGAUAUUUUUAAUAGAAACAGAAAGAAAGGAAAUAGACAUGAAAGUUUAUGCGAGAAAAGGAAGAUUAAUUAGAAUAGUUUUAAUACUCUGUAUCAUUCCAUUGCUGUAUUUAUUAAUUAAUUACUCUGAAUCCAGAAAGAAUUUACAUAAAAUUUAUAACGGAAGAUUAGCAUCAAAAUUAAUUAAAGAAGAAGAUGUUCAUCUGUUGUCUGAAGGACUAGGAAAUUAUGAGCCGAAAAACGAUGAACAUUUUAAUGGACCUGGUGAGGGAGGUUUAGCAUUUAAUACAGAAGCAGUAAACAGUGAUGAUUCUGAAAUAGAAUAUGGAAUGAAUAUGUUUGCAUCUGAUCAGAUAUCUCUAAAUCGUACAAUAAAGGAUACACGCCCGAAAGAAUGUAAAAGAUGGAUGUAUCCACAAAAUUUACCGACAGUUUCUGUGAUAAUUGUGUUUCAUAAUGAAGGCUUUUCGGUAUUAAUGCGCACAGUUCACAGCGUCCUCAAUAGAAGUCCACCACAAUUUUUAAAAGAAAUUCUACUUGUUGACGAUUACAGCGAUAAGACAGAUCUCAAAGAGAAAUUAGACAAAUAUGUUGAACGAUUUGAUGGAAGAGUCCGGGUAAUAAGGAACGAAGAACGAGAAGGAUUGAUUAGAACACGUUCUAGAGGAGCACAAGAAGCAACAGCUGAAGUAAUAGUUUUUCUUGAUGCACAUUGUGAAGUAAAUAAGAAUUGGCUGGUUCCACUUUUGACACCAAUUGCAUUUGACGAGAAAACAAUGACAGUUCCAAUAAUUGAUGGAAUUGAUCAUAAAACAUUCGAGUACAGACCAGUUUAUGGAGAAGGUCAUAAUUUCCGGGGAAUUUUUGAAUGGGGCUUGUUGUACAAAGAAAAUGAAUUACCUAAACGUGAAGAGAAACGUCGUGCACACAGUAGUGAGCCUUAUUAUUCACCAACUCAUGCUGGUGGAUUAUUUGCUAUCAACAGGAAGUACUUUUUGGAAUUAGGCGCUUACGAUGCAGGACUUUUGGUUUGGGGUGGUGAAAACUUUGAGCUAAGUUUUAAGAUCUGGCAGUGCGGUGGAAAAAUAAUGUGGGUUCCUUGUUCUCGUGUUGGGCAUGUUUAUAGAGGCUUUAUGCCGUACAAUUUUGGCAAAUUGGCUGAAAAGAAGAAAGGCCCUCUAAUUACAAUAAAUUACAAGAGAGUCGUUGAAGUAUGGAUGGAUGAUCAGCACAAAGAAUACUUUUAUACUCGUGAACCAAGUGCGAGAUACUUAGAAAUGGGAGAUAUUAGUGAUCAACUUGCAUUGAAAGAGAGAUUGGGAUGUAAAAGCUUCUCUUGGUUUAUGGAAAAUGUAGCUUAUGAUGUUUAUGAUAAAUAUCCACAAUUGCCAGAAAAUAUUUUCUGGGGUGAGCUUAUCAAUUCUGCAAAUAUGAAAUGUUUUGAUGCUAUGGGACGUCAACCACCCAGUCUUGUUGGAUUACAGCACUGUCAUGGCUAUGGAAAUAAUCAAUUAGUCAGACUUAAUGCUGCUGGUCAAUUAGGAAUUGGUGAAAGAUGUGUAGAUGCUGACUCAACUGGCAUUAAACUCGUUUAUUGUCGAUUAGGAACUGUAGACGGUCCAUGGGUCUAUAAAACAGAAUCGAAAUCAAUAUUUCAUCGAACACAAAAUAAAUGCAUAGCUGUUCAUCCAGUCUCAUCCUCUCUAUCCUUAAUGCCUUGUGAUCCCAACAAUAGUUUUCAGCAAUGGAUGUUCAAAAUCGUUAAACCUCGCUAAAAAUCUUUAAUAUGCUGCAUCGUACACAACACAUCCAUACAAAAAAGAAGUCUGAAAUUAUUUUACUGAUUAAUAGAACAACAAAAAAUAUUUUGCAAUAAAGUAUUAAUAAAACUUUAAUUAAAAGGAAUAAAUAAAACAAAAGGUUUGAGGCGAUUUUUUUAACGAGCGGAUAUACAAAGGAAAUGCACAGUUAUUGUCGUCGAAGACUGAUUAAAUGGUAAUAUGUGCCAAAAAUUUCUGCACUAUUACUUAUUCUGCUGUUUCAAGAUACAUAAUUAAGCUAUUUGGCGCCAAAACUUUCAUAAAGCUGUCGAAUGCGCUCCGAACAAUAACGAUCUUAAAGCAUAUCACCUGUUGUUAAAGAAGAAUUCUAGUUAAUUUUUUAAUUCUCCAUACAGUCUCAAGCCAUUUGAUAUGUGACAUAUCAACACUAAUAAAAACUUCG